GGAAAAUAAAACCUCAAUUCACAAAAUUUCAAGCUUAAGAGUCACUGCCUCUCAUUGACGACAACCGGCUGAUAAGAGAGCUAUUUUUGAUUAUACAAAUAAACACAAAAACAAACUCAAUAUUCACUUAAACGUAAAAUGAUCUCAUUCAGUUGUUUUGUGCGGUUGCCUAAGAAAAGAGCAUGAGACUAUCGGCUACUCAAAUUUGGCAGCUAUUGCUGUUAGUUGUCAACUUGAAGCAAGUUGUGCUAGCGCAGGAUGAACCGAAUUGCGGCUAUUUGAAGGAGGCGAGCUUUGCGAAUCGCAGCAAUGUUGUUGACUUGAAUGAACAUCCCUGGAUUGCCAGAGUGGGCUAUGAGACGGAUCGUGGCAUUGCCUACAAAUGUUUGGCUAUUUUGAUCACUCGUCAACAUCUCUUGGCGCCUGCCCAGUGCUUCAAUGAAGUUGCUUUGAAAGCAGAGCCCGUUCGUUGGGUGCUCUUAGGUGAUUGGAAUCCAACGAAUCCCUUCAUGGAACGCGAUUGUGAUGCCCGACAAAAUUGCAAUCAAGUACCGCUGCUCAUGGGCAUCGAUGAGAUCAUUAUACAUCCGAACUACGAUGAACGAAUGUUGGCAAACAAUCUGAGCAUCUUGAAACUGAUUCAACCCGUCACAUUUAGCAACUUCAUCAGUCCGAUUUGUUUGCAUGCUCGCAAAACCAUCUCGUAUAGUGGACAAUAUUUUAUUUAUGCCGGUUUCGCUGUGAAUGAGAAGAUUGGUUACAAGCUGAAGGCAGUGACACAAUUGCAGGAAACGAUGCGUUGCCGCGAGACGUUGAUGCGACAAAAUUAUGUUCGUGCCGCAUUGGCAUUUACGGUGAAUCCCCUCUGUGGCAACAGCAAUCAGACCACGCCCCUGGUGAGCGGCUCUCCGCUGAUGGGCGUGAAUGUGGAGAGCGCGAAACCUCAAAGUUAUUAUCUUGCUGGACUUUUGCAGACGAUGACGAAUCAGAAUAAUUCUGUGAUUUUCAUCAGAGUUCAGCCACACAUCGAAUGGAUCGAGAAAAGUACGAGAAUUGAGACAAGCACGCUGCCAACGAUAAUUCCCGCACACUUGGUGCGAUAUGAGAAACAUACAACGCGAAUAGUGAAUGCAAAAUAAAAUA